GCACACGAGGUCAGUGCAUAUCCAGCCUUCGAGCGCACCAUGCGCUUCCUUCAUCUCAUUUAUCUCUUCCUAUCGGUCAACGUCGCGAUCGUUUUCACGGAGGACGCUGACUGUCGGGUUUACAAUCACCUGUAUGUCUGUUUGGAAAACGGCGACAUUCUUCACGACGUCGCGUUCGAGGACGUCAACGCCGUUCAGACGAUCGAGGACAUCGAGCUGCAUCUGGAGAGCCUCGGGAUCGCUGAUGUCGCUAAGAAUGCCUUCAUCGAGGUCAGCAACUCUUCCGCUCUCUACGUCCGCGACAAUCGAUUGUCGAGUAUCGGCCGACAUUAUUUUGGCGCUCUCGAUGAACUCACCUAUUUAGACCUGAGAAACAACACGAUCAUCAACGUGGAGGAGGGCGCUUUCGCGAGGCUGAGCAGCCUGGAGACUCUGCUGCUGGAUCACAACAAUAUCUCAACCCUUCGACCAGGCGCGUGGAAGGGACUCUCGGAGUUGCACGAGCUCUACAUCACCAACAACCGGCUCGCAUUGCGGAGAAACAUGUUCAAGGGGCUCAGGCAGCUGGAAACGCUGGUGUUGGACUCGAACGAGAUAUCGGAAGUACCGAUCGGCACGUUCAACGGGCUAUCGCACAUAGAUCUCCUCUAUCUGUCGCGCAACAAGAUCUCGUCCCUGCAUCCCGACGUGUUUCGCGGUCUUAACGAGAUAAACGAACUCGACUUGGGCAGAAAUCGAUUGAGGGCGAUUCCCACCGGUAUCUUUCGACACAUGAAGUCGCUGAGCUCACUCUGGCUGAACGGCAAUCAAUUGACCGUGAUAAAAUCCGAUAGCUUUCAAGGCCUGGACAAUUUACUUUUUCUGUUUCUAAACAACAACGAUCUUCGUUACGUGGACAUGGCGGCGUUCGCGAGAAUGAAGAAUACGUCUGUAGAUCCCGGUUUCAAGAUACGCGGUUCUUUAAUCGACGAUCUCGGAAUAAUCGAUGGUCAAUAUCAGUGCAGUAGCUUGGCGUAUGAAAUACCGUACGAUUGUACGGAGAUCGAUUCAUAGGCUCGAGAAGCCGACCAGAGCUCGAGUGUUUAAAGGUUACGGUCAGGAUAAUCCGCCUCAUCCUUGCUACUGGAAAACGUCCAUGGAUUACGGCUGGUACGCACC